ACAAAGAGAAAUAACACCAUGGCAUGUUGAAAUCAAAUGUCAAUCUGAGAUAAAUGCAAAUUUUCACGUUAUGUUAAACGACGUUAUAAAAACAGCUAAAUCCAUGGACUGUGCAGUGAGAAUCUUUCCAAGACAGAGAAACAGUGGCACUACUACAAUGAGUAAGAUGUAUUGUGGCAAUAUUCGUACUUCUCAUCUUAUAAACAAGUGCAACAUAACCGGCCAAUGGAUGAAUUAUGACCCGGAUGUGCAAUCAGCCUGUGAGGGCAUUGGUAAAUUCCUCCCGCCUUAUCGUCACCAGUACAAAAAUGUAUUUUGUUAUAUCUGCAAUCCUCCUUCAAAACCUAGCAGUUCCACUGGCACGUGUUCAGUACCACCAGAACAACAAUAUUAUGGAGAAAGCAUAAUCGAUUUGUGCGAAAAUUUACCCAUGGUCCCUGAGUUCGAACCCUAUAAAAACAUCUUCUGCUCACUCUGCUCCAACAUUAACACGACGAUUAUGCUACCGCCUCAGUGGCAUCCCAGAAUAGCUAGUGGCAGAGAUGUCCAACCUUUACCGUUUCCGGAUUUUAGUCUAGUUCGGGACAUGUUUUCGGAAAGUCAUCAUGAACCAUUUUCGGUAAAAUCUGAAAUACAGAUACUCACAUUUAUGAACGACGAGGAAAUUUACAACACGGUAAACAAUAAAACUCGCCGGCUGACUUGCUAUCCAGGAAAAGUUCUUACAAAUAAGACAUGCAAACCCUUGCUGACAAAAACUACCAAUCUCCGAUACACAAUGGCAUUUAAGUUGGAAAGUAACCUUACUUUACCAGGUAGAGCACGUGAUCUCUUGGAACCAGUUAUGAGGCAGGUCAAAGGUGAAAUAACGCAAAAGAUUCGUGGAAUCUCGUUCGAUUCAUUUCACAUCAUGGUAAACAUGAAGUGUGACGAUAUUAUUUCAAGUGAGACCGGAGAAGUAAUAUUUAUGGUACACACGAUGUUUCUCAUAAGGAAUUAUGUUGACAGACUUUCAACUGAAGAAGCAUUACUGAAUUUGAGCAAUAGGACUUUUAUUUUUCAUAAUGUUGCUUGGAAAUCCUCAUUGUCCUCUGAAGCAUUUAUGUUACCAGCACUCGUGAAUACAGUUGGUUUCAUGAGCCAUUGUUACAGUAAAACAAUAGAACAUACGACAUUCAAUCUUCACAAUAACUAUCAGCCGGCACUGGUAUCACCACUUCUUCUCUGUCGUCAAGUGGAAUUAGAUCAGGAUGAAUUUGAAGUAGAAGAAUCAACCUUUGAAAUAUCACUGUCCAAAUCAACUAGAAAGCUUCAUCAGGAUGAAUUUCUGUUGAUCGACAAAAAAGUUCGAAUUUGUCUUUACAAUUUCCAGGAGAUGUUCAACGGUUCCAUUGCGGCAAGGUUUAGUGAACCACCUUUGUAUGCUCCUCUUAAAAUCACUACGUUCGUUUGCAAUGUGAUAUCUCUUGUAUGCCUCCUGAUAACGUUUAUAACAUAUUGCUUAUUCCCGACCAUGCGUUCUUUACCAGGAAUGAACAAUAUGAGUCUGGUGUUCGCCAUGUUCUUUGCCCAGUUGCUUUUCCAGUGCGGCUUUUAUAUGACAUCCUCGCCAACAUUAUGCACGGUUCUCGGUGUCUUUAUACACAUUUUCUGGCUAUCGACGUUUGGCUGUAUGAGCGCGUGUUCGUAUCAUAUGUACAGCGUGUUCGCUGGUGACAUCAUCGCGGGAAGGCUGUCAGCGUGGGGCUGGAAGAGGAGGAUGUCGUUCUACAUAUUGUAUUCAUACGGAUUAUCAGCUGCCAUUGUGUCAACCAAUAUCAUCAUUGUGUAUCUUACGUCAGAAGAUAAUAACAUCGGUUAUGGUAAAUCAAGGUGUUUUAUAAACAACAGAACAUCAUUCUAUCUUUCAUUUCUUGCUCCAGUAUUAAUAGUUUGUUUCACGAACAUUUAUUUUUUCAUUCGAACUGCUUUACAAAUAAAAAAUUCACCAAAAGUAGAUAGUACAAAGGAAAGAAAAAAUCAACAUUUGAUUUACAUCAAGUUAUUUUCUAUAACUGGAAUAACCUGGAUCUUAUUGAUUAUCGAUACAUUACUACCUAUAACGGUAUUUAGUUUCCUGGUAACAAUAGCUACCGUCUGUCAAGGUUUGUUUGUUUUUGUCAGCUUUGGGAUGUUGUCUGUAACCCAAAAACAAGGUCUAAUAACAUGUAUUCCUAAGGGAGAUAAGCCCAGACAAUUUUUAAAAAAUUGGCGACCCAUUACCCUUCUAAAUAUAGUUUAUAAAAUAGCCUCAGGAUGUAUAGCAAAGUACAAUGAUGAUGAUUAUGAUGAUGAUGAUGAUGAUGAAGAUGAUGAGAUUUGGAUGAUUGCUAUGAUGAUGAUGAGAUUAUGA